AUGUCGGACAAGCCCCGACCGGAAUCCGCGUCAGGUCCUCUCCUCUCCGACAUGAGCUCGCCGCUCGACAGCUGGCUGCUCGACAGCUGGUUCGGCUUCAUCUUCUGGGGUGUCGCCUUCUUUCGCAUGCGCAGCGCAGACGACAAGGUCGGCAGGGCGCGAAACCCCGCCGGCGACGGCUGUCGGGUCGCCCUCAACGUCGUCAUCAUCCUCACGGGGCUCUUCCUCCUCACGGUUGGAACGUAUGCCAGCGUGCAGGGCAUCAUGGAUUCCUUUCGGGCUGGAGAGGUAGGCGGCGUUUUCUCGAGCCAGAGCAACGCGGUGUAA